CAGCAUUUAUUCAUCUUGGUUCAUGUUAAUUUGAAUAUAUACCAAUACAUUUUUACUAUUAAAAUGGAAUAUGUUAACAUUAUUUGAUGCAUUAUGAACAGUGAGCAAUUGUAAUAUUAUAAUUUAACAUGAAUCAGGAUUGACAAAGACUGUUAAAAUAUUGUUAAUUAUUAGCUCAUGAUAUCUCAUGCAUUUACUAAAGUUAACAAAUACAAUCUUACUGUAAAGUGUUCAUGUCAUUUCUUCAUAUAGAUGGUCAGAUUGUAUGGGAUCAAAAUCCUGCCAAAUGUAUUGCUGUCACGGAUCCAAAAAUACACAUCACAUGCCCCACCAGAGACAGGAACAUACUGGAUCAUUGUUACACAACAAUAAAGGAUGCAUAUCGUUCUGUUCCUAGAGGAGCUUUGGGACUGUCUGAUCACUGUCUGGUUCAUCUUCUUCCAACCUACAGGCAGAAAUUAAAAUCAACCAAGCCAGUAGUAAGGACUGUAAAGAGAUGGACCAAUGAAGCAGAGCGGGAACUACAAGCCUGCUUCGAUUGCACGGAUUGGAGUGUUUUUGAGGCUGCAGCCACAGACCUGGACGAGCUCACAGAUACUGUUACAUCAUAUAUCAGUUUCUGUGAGGAUAAGUGCAUUCCUACUAGGACUUAUUUAAAGUUCAACAAUGACAAACCGUGGUUUACAGCAGAGCUCAGGCAGCUUCGUCAGGCCAAAGAGGAUGCUUACAGGGGUGGGGAUAAAGUCUUGUUCAAUCAGGCCAGGAACACACUGAACAAGGACAUAAGAGUGGCUAAAAGAAGAUACUCUGAGAAGCUGAAAAACAGGUUUUCAGCUAACGACCCCUUAUCAGUGUGGAGUGGCAUGAAACAACUAACAAAUUACAGGACUCCUACCCCCAACCCUGUAGGGAACCAACAACUGGCUGACGACCUGAAUGUGUUCUACUGCAGAUUUGAAAGGCCCAAUCUCACACCCCACACCCACUCUGACCUUCACUUCACACAAACACCAACACCUCCUGCAACCCCCCUCCUCCCCCCCGCUACUCAACCUGCACUUAAGAUCUGUGAAGAUGAUGUGAGCCGCGUCUUUCGGAAACAAAAGACGAGGAAAGCUUCAGGCCCAGAUGGCGUCUCACCAGCGUGUCUUCGAUCCUGUGCUAACCAGCUGGCCCCAAUCUUCACACAGAUCUUCAAUAGAUCACUAGAGCAGUGUGAAGUCCCAUGCUGCUUCAAAUGCUCAAUCAUUAUUCCUGUCCCAAAGAAACCAAAAAUCACAGGACUUAAUGACUACAGACCUGUCGCCCUGACGUCUGUGGUCAUGAAAUCAUCUGAGAGACUGGUGUUGGCCCACCUGAAGAACAUCACUGGACCCUUUCUAGAUCCCCUUCAAUUUGCUUAUCGAGCAAACAGAUCUGUGGAGGAUGCAGUCAACAUAGGACUGCAUCAUAUCCUGCAACAUCUGGACAGACCAGGGACAUAUGCAAGGAUCCUUUUUGUGGACUUCAGUUCGGCUUUCAACACCAUCAUCCCAGCUAUACUCCAGAAUAAAUUACACUAACUCUCUGUUCCCACGUCUAACUGUCAGUGGAUUACCAGCUUUCUGACAGACAGGCAGCAGCUUGUGAGACAGGGGAAACUCACUUCUAGCACCUAUACAAUCAGCACUGGUGCCCCCCAGGGAUGUGUGCUCUCCCCACUACUCUUCUCCCUCUACACCAAUGACUGCAUUGCCAAGGACCCCUCUGUCAAGCUCCUGAAGUUUGCAGAUGACACCACUGUCAUCAUCCUCAUCCGAGAUGAUGAUGAGUCUGGUGAUGAUGAGUCAGCUGGCUGUCUGGUGCAGUCAAAACAACCUUGAGCUGAACACGCUCAAAAUGGUGGAGAUGAUUGUGGACUUUAGGAGGAACACCCCAACACU